CCUCGCACCCAGGGCGGUUGCUCCGACCCUUGGUUCUUAGAAGCCUGCGGAUUGGGAUUCCCAGAAAGGUGAGGCGGAUCCGCCUGAUUUGGCAUCAGAGUGAAAGAAAAUGUCUUUAUUUAAAGCCCGUGAUUGGUGGUCUACUGUUCUGGGAGAAAAAGAAGAAUUUGAUCAAGGCUGUUUGUGUUUGGCUGAUGUUGACAAUAGUGGAAAUGGACAAGAUAAAAUAAUUGUAGGUAGCUUUAUGGGAUACCUAAGAAUCUUUAACCCCCAUCCUAUGAAAAUGGGAGACAGCGCUCAGCCUGAGGACUUGCUCCUGGAAGUGCAUCUUCGAGAGCCAAUACUUCAGGUGGAAGUCGGGAAGUUUGUUUCAGGUACAGAAAUGCUUCAUUUGGCUGUGUUGCAUCCUAGAAAACUUUGUGUCUACGCUGUCUCAGGAACCUUGGGUAAUGUGGAGCAUGGGAACCAGUAUCAGGUCACAUUGAUGUAUGAGCAUCACCUUCAGAGGACAGCCUGCAGUAUGACAUAUGGACCGUUUGGUGGUGUUAAAGGUAGAGACUUAAUUUGCAUCCAGUCUGUGGAUGGGAUGCUGAUGGUGUUUGAGCAGGAAAGCUUUGCCUUUGGGAGGUUUCUCCCUGGUUUCCUGCUCCCUGGCCCUCUUGUAUAUAGUCCCCGAACAGAUUCCUUCAUCACUGUUUCUUCCUGCCGGCAAGUGGAAAGUUACAAGUACCAAGUACUUGCUUUUGCAACAGAUGCAGAUAAAAAGCAGGAGACUGAGCAGCAAAAACUUGGCUCUGGAAAAAGACUAAUUGUGGAUUGGACUCUAAAUAUUGGAGAGCAAGCCCUGGAUAUAUGCAUUGUCUCUUUCAGUCCAUCAGCAUCUUCUCUUUUUGUCCUUGGUGAGAGGAACCUCUUUUGCCUCAAGGAUAAUGGACAGAUUCGCUUCAUGAAGAAGCUUGACUGUAGCCCAAGUUGUUUCUUACCAUACUGCUCAGUUUCUGAAGGAACGAUCAAUACUUUGAUUGGAAACCAUAGUAGCAUGUUGCAGAUUUAUCAGGAUGUGACACUGAAGUGGGCUACUCAGCUCCCUCAUGUACCUGUGGCAGUAAGAGUUGGCUCAUUUCAUGAUUUAAAGGGUGUGGUGGUCACCCUGAGUGAUGAGGGUCAUUUACAGUGCUCAUACCUGGGGACAGACCCUUCUCUCUUCCAAGCGCCAAUAAUUGAAUCUCGAGAACUCAACUAUGAUGAGCUUGAUGUAGAGAUGAAAGAACUUCAGAAAAUCAUCAAAGAUUUUAAAUCACAAGGUGUUUGGCCUACGACUGAGAGAGAAGAUGAUUUGGAAGUUUCUGUCACAGUUUCUCCUAACUUUGAUUCAGUGUCUCAAGCCAUUGAUGUUGAACUUGGAACCGACCUUGUCCCUUCUAUCACAGUUAAGGUUACAUUGCAGAAUCGAGUGGUAUUGCAGAAAGCCAAAUUGUCUGUCUAUGUGCAGCCACCAUUAGUAUUGACUUGUGAUCAGUUCACCUUUGAAUUUAUGGAACCAGAGAUGACUAGCACAGUGGCCUUCUCUGUGUAUCUGAGAAGAAGUUACACACCUUCAGAAUUGGAAGGAAAUGCUAUUGUCUCUUACACCAGACCAACAGAUCGAAAUCCUGAUGGCAUUCCUCGAGUUAUCCAAUGUAAAUUUAGACUUCCUCUGAAAUUAGUCUGCUUGCCAGAUCAGCCUUCAAAAACUGCAAGUCACAAACUCACGAUUGACACCAACAAAUCUCCAGUGAGCCUGCUCAGCCUCUUCCCAGGCUUUGCCAACCAGUCAGAGGAUGAUCAGGUGAAUGUGCUGGGUUUUCGGUUCUUAGGAGGCUCCCGUGUUACUCUGCUUGCUUCCAAAACCUCUCAACGUUAUCGCAUUCAGAGUGAAGAGUUUGAAGAUCUCUGGCUCAUAACAAGUGAGCUCAUCCUCCGCCUUAAGGAACAUUUUGAAAAACAGGGAACCAAAGAUUUCGCGUGUUCUUUUUCUGGAUCCUUGCCCCUUCAAGAAUAUUUUGAGUUGAUUGAUCAUCAUUUUGAGCUACGGAUAAAUGGUGAAAAAUUAGAGGAACUCCUAUCAGAAAGAGCUGUACAAUUCCGGGCCAUUCAACGCCGGCUCUUAACAAGAUUCAAAGAUAAAACACCUGCUCCCCUCCAACACCUGGACACCUUACUAGAUGGAACUUACAAGCAGGUAAUCGCUCUAGCAGACACAAUUGAGGAAAACCAGGACAAUCUGUUGCAGUCAUUUGCCAGACUGAAGAGUGCCACCCAUCUGGUGAUCCUGCUGAUUGGGCUAUGGCAGAAGUUGAGUGCUGAACAGAUUGCUAUUCUGGAAGCUGCAUUUCUGCCACUACAGGAAGACACACAAGAAUUGGGCUGGGAAGAAACCGUGGAUGCUGCUAUUGCACACCUACUGAAGACCUGCCUGUCAAAGAGCUCCAAGGAGCAGGCUUUGAACCUCAGCAGCCAAUUGAGCAUGCCAAAAGAUACCAGCCGACUGAAGAAACGCAUCACCUUGCUAUGUGAUAGAUUAGCCAAAGGUGGCCGUCUCUGCUUGAGCACUGAUGCAGCAGCCCCACAGACCAUGGUCAUGCCAGGCGGUUGUACUCCAAUCCCAGAAUCAGACCAAGAGGAGAAAUCAGUAGAACAGGACUCCACAGAACUGUUCACCAACCACCGCCUCCUCCUAGAAGAGACGGCCAGACCUGAAGUUUCAGCCCUCCAAGGAGUGUCUGAAUAGUCUGAGGAGAGGUCUACGGUUGAGAGGAAGAUGCCCUUGCCAAAGCUGACAAGUGUGGACCACACAUCAGCACAGAUAUAGGGCCGACACAGGUGCUUGUUCAGGUCACCCUUCCCAGUGACACCCCAUAGGGACCUCGUCAGUCUACUUGUUUUGCUAGGAAGACUUCGAAUACCAUAGACACGUCUGCAGAAAGACAGGAUCUGCUAUUUCUUACUGGGAAAGGAUGUUGCUGCCUCUGUUUAUCGGUAUGCUUACAGUCACAGGAUAUAUAAGAUAACAUGGUUGGGGACUGACUUGACAGUGCAGAGAUUCACGUCCAAAACAACUUGAUACUCUCAUUUUUUUUCACAGAAUUCUUGUAUAGUAAAUGUGUCAAGUUUAAUAAAGUAUCUCAUUGUCAAACAACUGGAACUUAAUCAUCAGGAGGAUGUAUAAGUGAUUUCUCUACUUAACUUUUGAAAGGAAUUGCAAAAUUGUUACUCCACAGGAAGACUUGAAUAUGAUUAUUUUUAUCAAUAAGCAGCCACUGUGGAGCUAAAAAUACAAGAGGACAAGUUUUCUAAUAUUAUAUGAAAAUCUCU